AACACGCAGAGACUACAACUCUGUGCCGUCCCCAUAGUCGCUUUAGAGCUGCAACAUGGCAAGAUGAGCCAUCAACGAUACCCCUCCCACGAUCCCGUCAAGGAACCCCAUUCCAUCUCCCUCAAGGUCCUUCGACUAUCACGCCCUUCGCUCGUCACUCAGUAUCCCAUCGAUCCUCCCUCCUCGAUAGGCGCGACUGUCAAGCCAGCCCCAGCCCCGGCAUCGCUUGCUUACCGCUCCGAAACUACAUCGAACCCGUCACCGUUCCUCCUCAGCCCCAUCGUCAACCUUCCCGUGUCAUUUGGCUCGGCAUACGUUGGUGAGACGUUUAGCUGCACGCUCUGCGCCAACAAUGACCUUCUGCCGGACGUACCUAAGAACAUCCGCGAUGUGCGCAUCGAGGCCGAGAUGAAGACGCCCGGCUUGGGUGCCGUCCAGCGCCUCGAGCUUGGUCCGCCCACCGACAAACCUGAGGCGGACCUUGACUCUGGCGGCACGCUGCAGAGGGUCGUCUCGUUCGACCUCAAGGAGGAAGGCAACCACGUCCUGGCGGUGACGGUCAGUUACUACGAGGCGACUGAGACGAGUGGGCGCACAAGGACGUUCCGCAAGCUCUAUCAGUUCAUCUGCAAGGCGUCACUGAUUGUGCGUACAAAGGUCGGGCCUCUCAAGGCUGCGGCCGGCGACGGACAGCCGCGGCGGUGGGCGCUUGAAGCACAGCUGGAGAACUGCAGCGAGGACGUGGUGCAGCUGGAAAAGGUGGUGCUGGACACAGAGCCCGGGUUGCGGUACCGCGACUGCAACUGGGAGGCGAGCGGGAGCACCAAGCCGGUGCUGCACCCGGGCGAGGUGGAGCAGGUGUGUUUCGUGGUGGAGGACAGCAGCGGCACCGGGACGUCGGGCGGCGACGUCGAGGUGACACCAGACGGGAGGAUCAUAUUUGGGUCACUGGGCAUUGGCUGGAGGGGCGAGAUGGGGAACCGAGGAUUCCUGUCAACCGGCAAGCUGGGCACGCGAGUGGCACGGUGA